AUGUCCAUUACUAAUUAUACCGGAUACCGGUAUUUAUUCAUUACUAGUUAUACCGGAUAUCGGUAUUUAGCAAAGAACAGAGUUAAUUCCCUUCACAAAAAUGGCGGUCACAACUGCCAGAACUCGUCCUGGGGGUCCACCAGAGUAUGUUAUUAUCCAGGAGCCAGACACUGAGGAAUUUACUGAUGAAGAUUUAGAAAUGGAGUUAGAUAGAGCACUAGAUGCUCAGGCAGAGUUUAUUGUCAUUGAACCUAAAACCCUCGGUGACGAAACAGCUAGAUGGAUUAAAGUAGGGAAUUGUUUACACAAAACAGCAGUUGUGACUGGCUUUCUAAGCGGAGUUACAUUGUAUGUGGACAGCUCAAGGAACUAUGUUAUAAUAUCUUGUGGUGUUCUCAGCGUAUUUUGCGCCAGUGUCUAUGCAGUUUCGUGGCAGUAUGACCCCUGUUGCAAAUAUCAGGUCGAAGACAAUUUACCAAAGUUGGAAAAAAUUCUAGAAAAUCUCAACACAGUCACACCUGUAGUUCUUGUACGGAAAGAGGACGCUCGUAGAAAAAAGCUACACAAUAUUAUUGCUAUAAUAUCUGGAAUUAUUUGUGCAUACAAAUUUUACAAAUGGAUCAAAAGUUAAUGUCAGGACAUUUUAGAGCUCAUUUACAUAAAUCAUUUUUUGACUCAAAGACAUCAUGUGAAGAAUGAAUGAUCAAUCAGAAACUGUACAUUGGUAUAUUAAAAAAGAAAUGGUGCCAUUCAUUAGACUAAAUCUGAUUGCGACACACUCUUUAUUUGAUCAUGUCUUUGUAAUGGCACUCAAGAUGCAGAGUCAAAAUAGUUGUAUGAAUGUGUUUAUAGUUUUUAGACACUAAUUCAUAUUUCCAUAUUAUGAAUAAUGAAGCAUUAUGAAACUGCCAUGAUUUUAUCAUGUCCAGAUAAUAUUAGAUGUUCACGAUAAUCAAGGGCAUUAACUGUGUAAGAAAAUCUCAAUCUGUUGACAAGUUAAAUACCUGUCAGUCUGCACUGUUCAAUAAGUUUAUUUCUUUAUUUACAAUGAACUAUUUCAUGUAAUGUUCUUAAUAUGUCUUAUAAGCAUCUGCAUGUAACCCUUGAUCUGCUGUAUUUGUUUAAAGGCCCAUUAUGCUUUUAAUUUUAUUUUAUUUCUCAAAACUUUUAGUUUUUGGUAUCUUGGUACAUUUCUGAAAAUCAGUACUCGUUUGCCUUAUACAGGAACCUUUUUUCGCUACUUUUACUCUGUUGGCAACUGGUGCCCGCAGGGCCAUUAUUCAUUUUGUUGGCCGAUUAUCACCUUCAGGCCCUACUCUGCUGUGAGCAAAUGUUUAACACCUCUAAGAAAUUAAAAAAAUAUGGACUUUUUAGGCAAAAUGUGCCUUUGAAAGGCUAUUCCAGUAUUCAUUUUGGAAUGGUUCUUUGUCAAGAUUUGGGAUAUCAAGAUGAAAAUUUAAAUUAAAAGUUUGUUAGCUAUCAGUGGUUCUUGGCCUGGCUUUGUAUUGGUAGCAAAGACUAACCAAUUCGGUUCUAGCAGGACAAGGGUUAAAGUCAUAAUUAUCAUGGUGUAAAUGUUUGAAUUUGAAUUUGGAUGCAAUCAUAAUUGUGUUUAAUAUUUGAAUAAAUUGUAAAUGUGAAACUGUUAUCAAGCAUGUAAAUUCUGUAAGUGUAUGUAAAUAUUAAUGACGGGCAUGUAGCAUGUUCCUUUGAAAAUUGAGUUAAGUUUAACAAAUUCAGAUUAUUUUAAUUGAGGAUUUGUAAAUUAAAGAUGAAACCAAAAUUGUAUUUUGUGUUU